CCGGAAAUAAAAAAUGUUUAUCCAAAGGCAGACAAACAAAAACCUGCGAUGACACUAGGCUCAUGUUAGCUGUGAAUGCAGUGUCCAUGCCAUCCUUGUUCGGUUGUUCCCCUAAAGCGCAACCCUCCGCUUCCUUGCCCGUCGUUCUGUUCGCCGGUGGAAAUGGGGACUCUGGCGAGCUGCAGUUUCAUGCCUCUGAACUCCGAGUUCCGGUCCAACCCGGUUCGACGCGACUUCAGGGAGAGGAUUCACUGCCACGAGCUCAAUAGACUCAAGGGAGGAGCUUGUUUCUUCGCUAACUCACACACAUCGAAGCAUCUCAAUUUCGAUAGGUUCAGGUGUUUUGCUACCAACGACAAUGACAAGGACACUACCAAUGGUGAAGAGGAAAGUGGUAACAACGAUUCUAAACCAACGCCCCCCUCCACUUCUGAAGAGCCAGCUUUGUCGUCGCUUGGAUCUGCGUACAAAAAAUUUGAAGUUGAUUAUUCCAAACUUAUGGAACUCGUUGGACCUCGGAGGGUUGAUCCUGCUGACGUCAAGUUAAUUAAGGAGAAGCUUUUUGGUUAUUCAUCCUUCUGGUUGACCAAAGAGGAGCCUUUUGGUUACCAACAAGAAGGCAUUCUUUUCUUUGGGAAUUUAAGGGGAAAGAGAGAUGAUGUAUUUUCCAAAUUCCAAAAUCAGCUAGUUGAGGUCACAGGUGAUAAGUACAACCUUUUUAUGGUGGAGGAACCAAAUUCAGAUAGUCCUGAUCCACGGGGUGGGCCACGUGUUAGCUUCAUUUUGCUGCGUAAGGAGGUUUGUGAGCCAGAGCCAACAGCACCUUGGCAAUAUGUUUCUGCGACGUUGUUGUUCCUUCUAACUAUUGUUUCUUCAGUGGUGCUAGGAGUUGAUUCUCAGAUUAACAAACUUCCACCAGAAGUUGUGGGUUACUUCACACAUCCUGGUACUACUGAAGCCCCGGAUAGGGAGUUGCUACUUCCAUUUGUUGAGUCAGCUUUACCUUUAGCAUAUGUUGUAGCAUAUGGUGUCUUGGGCGUUCUUCUGUUCCAUGAGGUUGGGCACUUUCUAGCAGCAUUUCCUAAACAAGUAAAAUUAAGCAUUCCUUUCUUCUUGCCAAACCUCGCUACUGGCAGCUUUGGUGCUAUUACUCAGUUUAAAUCCAUCGUUCCUGAUAGAAGUACUAAAGUGGAUAUAUCACUUGCGGGACCCUUUGCUGGUGCUGUAUUAUCAUUUCUUAUGUUUGCUGUUGGUAUUCUUCUCUCAUCAAAUCCAGAUGCAACAGGAGAUUUGGUGCAAAUUCCUAGCUUUAUGUUUCAAAGUUCCUUGCUGCUUGGAUUAAUCAGUAGAGCAACUCUUGGUUAUGAAGUAAUGCAUGCUGCAACAGUUGCAAUUCACCCUCUUGUGAUUGUAGGAUGGUCUGGCUUAACCAUACAAGCUCUGAACAUGCUUCCAGUGGGGCGCCUUGAUGGUGGCAGAGCAGUGCAGGGUGCUUUUGGAAAAAGUGCUCUAUUGGGCUUUGGUUUGGCCACUUAUACAUUGCUUGGGUUGGGAGUGCUUGGUGGACCUCUUUCACUUGUUUGGGGAUUCUGUGUUCUGAUACUUCAGCGGACACCAGAGAAACCAUGUUUAAAUGAUGUGACAGAAGUUGGAACAUGGAGAAAGUCACUUGUGGGUGUUGCUAUUUUUCUUGUUGUCUUAACUCUUCUUCCAGUUUGGGACGAGCUUGCAGAGGAGUUAGGUAUAGGUCUUGUAAAUACAUUUUGACUAGAGCCAUUCUUAAAAUUGAGUCGUGAAAAAUAUAGGUAAUAAAAUCAUUAGCAAAGCCUUGUAGAGAACAAUUUAUAUACACUUAUUGAGUAAAUGAGUAAUUGAUUUUUA